AUGCAGGCCAACAGAGGAAACGCUGAGGCCCUGGGUCGCAAGGCCAAGCUUGCUCGCUCGUACCAGGAGCUCCUCGACGAGUUCUCCAACAAAGACCUCAGCUCCGUCGGCAACUACACUCUCGGUCGUCUCAUCGGAAAGGGUUCCUUUGGCAAGGUUUACUUGGCCUCCCACAAGCUCACCAAUGGCUCCAAGGUCGUCCUCAAAUCCGCAAAUAAAGGCGACUCGAAUCUCGCACGCGAAAUACAUCACCAUCGACAAUUCGUCCAUCCACAUAUUGCCAGGUUGUACGAGGUCAUAGUCACGGAGAAUCUGGUGUGGCUGGUGUUGGAAUACUGUGCUGGUAGGCUUUAUCGUUUUAUUGCUGAUACAGAAACGAUAAUUGACAAAGACUCGAUAGGCGACGAGCUUUACAACUACCUCCUCGAACAUGGCCCUCUUCCCGUCCACAAAGUCCAGAAGAUUUUUGCCCAACUCGUUGGCGCUGUCGCAUACGUACAUCAACAAUCAUGUGUCCACCGCGACCUCAAGCUGGAAAACAUCCUGUUCGACAAGCACGAAAACGUCAAGCUUGUAGAUUUUGGUUUCACGAGAGAAUACGAGGGGAAAGCGAACUAUUUGCAGACAUUCUGCGGCACAAUAUGCUACUCGGCACCCGAAAUGCUGAAAGGCGAAAAGUACGCUGGAGAAAAGGUCGAUGUCUGGAGUCUUGGCGUUAUCCUAUAUGCCCUACUAUGCGGAGAGCUACCGUUCGACGAUGACGACGACAACGUUACACGUACAAAGAUCCUCAGCGAGGAACCGAAGUUCCCCGACCAUCUCCCAACUGCCGCCAUUCCGUUACUCAAGUCUUUGCUCUCUAAGCGACCCCUACUCCGACCCUCCCUCCCCGACAUCCUCACCAAUCCUUUCCUUGCCGAACAUUCCCCAGCACAACAAGCGAUCCUAAAACUGCAAAGGCCUCCGCCUUUUUCAACGCAUCUAGAGAAGGAGACUCUUCAGCGCAUGCGGGGAGCGGGUGUCGAUAUUGACUCCGUCAUCGAAAGCGUGCUUGCGCAGCGCUGUGACGCUUUGGCUGGCUGGUGGACGCUGCUCAUUGAAAAGGAGCAGCGGAAAGUCAAGAGACGAGAGAGGAAACGGCGGGAAAGAGAGGCCGAGAAUAGGAGCUUGCGCCGUCUGUCCGCCGCAUCCAGCAGACUCGAGCGGAUUGCGCCUGUGUUGCAAGAGGUCGAUGAGGACGGCGGGCUGACAAACCGCUUCAUCAGACUUGAAGACGGCCCUAUCACACCACGGACAAGAGGCCGGUCAGAGAGAAGAAGCGCGCAUUACGCCGACUUGGGGGACUUGCCCGGCCUGCCCGAGCACAGCAAGGAAAACGGAAGUCCCGAUACAGAGGAACCACCUCCACCAAUCGAUAAGGACUCAAUCCGGUCUGCCAGUACGUCUAGACAUCGUCGCCCGGUUCCGCCCCCUAAGGAGGGCGUGAUCCGCAGCGCACGAUCUCGGGGUUCGACCCUUCAUCUAGUGACCACUUCGGAAGCUUUGGCGGCUAACGGGACGCCAGAGCGACCACCUGAACAACAACAAAAGGUUCGCAAGAAGCCCUCACAGGCCAUCAUUGCGCAUUGGAAGAACUGGACACACUGGUUCUUCGAGAACACCCGUAGGGGACGGCACGCGAAUAAGAGAGGGAGUCACUCAACGCCUAACCUGGUCGAUAAAAACGGCAGUGUUGCCGGCAGCAGCAGUAAACACUCCAAGGACACGAGUCCUCGGCCGCAGACGAGCAAGUACCCGACAACGGAUGCUGGCGUACCUCAAGGAAAGGCCGGAUUGCCUCGUGGCGUAGUGGCUAAUGGCCAUGCCAACAAGGCACUGCCAAGUCACGGAGGAUCUGGAGGCUUCAGCAGUCCGGCCUCUGGUGCAGGCUCUGUCCCCACGCGGGUACCGUCCCGGAUCACAACAUCUUACAAGCGACAAUCGCUGUCGCCGUCUCCCAUGACCCCACGAACUACGAUGCGGCGCUCUUCGGCAGGGUUGAGGGGCCGAAAGUCCACUUCUUCAUCGGUCUCGUCCAUUCGUUCGAUGCCUCAUCAUCAUCACUCUCAUUCCAAAGCUUCAUCAACAAGCUCAAACGGAUCGGUCUCGACUUCCAUGUCCAAGAACACUCUCCAGCGCGGGCAGUCGCCUCAUCACUCUGUCAAAGUUCUUCCAGCGACUCCCACCGCGACCGCCUUCCCGUCGAAUAUCCGUCUAGUUCGAGGGCCAGGUCCCCCGGCUCCCCUUGCUCUAUUCAAUGAGGGCAUGCCUCCCCCACCGGUAACGUCAGGAAUGCAGGCUCCAGGCUCGCCUAAUCCCUUUGCCCUGGGAGGGGGCAUCCAAUUUGCCAAGCGAAAGCGGAACAUCUUCAAGGGUCCGAUGCUGGCCUUUGGCGGAGGUGGCAGCGCAGGCGGUGGCGGAGGAGGGGGCGGCAGCUCGCGAAGCACAAGUUCCAACCAUUCACGCAGUGCAAGUGCUUCUGGACUCGGACGACGGUCGGGCGAAGCUCCCAUCCAGGAAGAGGAAGAAGGCGAAGAAGCGGAAGAAGAAAUCGAGGAGGUUGACGCUUUCAGCCCCGUUGUUGGGGGGCCAGGAGAGCGCAUCGAGGAGCAAAUUAUUGAAGACAGCGAGACAGAGGCACUAGCAGAGCAGGCGGAGGAGAAGGAGGAAGAUGCUCCUCCGGUAACGCCAAAAGCAUCAGCCGCCCCUGUCCCGACAUGA